AUGACUUCUGCACAUGCUAUUGGUAAUGAUUCUUUGGUCAGUCAUGCCUUCAACGGUGACGGUUCAUUACUUGCCGUCUCCGUGAACACGAGUGACGUGUAUUUGCUACAUGUCCCGAAAUCCCCUGGUACCAAGUGGCAGAUUGUAGACGUAUUGAAAGAGCAUACUGCUCUGGUCACUGGUAUCGACUGGGCGCCGAAAUCCAACAGAAUAGUUUCUUGCUCGGCAGAUCGCAACGCUUACGUUUGGACAAAACAAAGCGAUGGGAAAUGGAAGCCUACUUUAGUCGUUUUGAUGAUUGAUCGGGCUUCCAUCUGCGUCAGGUGGUCACCUCUCGAGGACAGUUUUGCCGUCGGCAGUGGCUGCAAGCUUGUUGCAGUUUGCAGCUUUGACCAAGAAUUGGAUUGGUGGGUUAGCAAACACAUCAAGAAAAGCUUCAAGUCUACAGUUACCUGUCUGGAUUGGCACCCAAACAAUGCUGUUCUUGCUUGCGGUUCAUCUGAUUUCCAUAUGCGCGUCUACUCUGCGCGUCUCAAGAGUGGAGAUUCACAGUCUGCUUGGGGGAGUCAUUCUUCAUUGGGAAGUCUCCUUUUCGAUCAUUACGAGUGUGAAGGUGGCUGGGUCCUUGGCGCAUCAUUCUCGGCCGAUGGCAAUAAACUUGUUUGGACGAAACACAACUCUUUGGUUUUCGUCGCUGACGUGAGUGACACGAGUCCCAGCAGAGGUGCCAAAUGUGGACCGGCAGUUGUUACCUGCUACCGAUCUGAGUUUCUACCCUUCAUCAGUUGUCUAUGGGUCGGGCCGAGUACUUUCCUUUGUGCAGGUUAUGACUGCUGUCCGUAUGCGUUUCGUUACUCAGCGGAUGGUGUUCAGUUUGUUCAUCAGUUGGAUGUGAAAGACCAAAGCAAGGUUUCAGAGAAGCUCACAGCAAUGAAGAAGUUUCAGGAUAUCGAUCGAAUGGCGACCACCGAUAAUACAAGUUCCCGCUUAGCUACUGUUCAUCAAAACUGCAUCAAUGAACUUCGUAUAUAUUCUGGUGACCGCAAACUGGCAUCACGUGUUUCCUCGAUCGGUCGCGAUGGAUAUCUGGUCUUUUGGGAUUUGCCCAGCUUGUGCAAACAAAUAUCUCAGCUGUCUAUCUCGUAAUAUUGGUGAACAUACAAAUGACCGUGUUUUUAUUGAGAAUGUCGAACGGUGCUUCUGGAUCUUCGUGAUUUUACAAAAGCUUUGCUCAAUGGACCCUCCGCAUAAAUCGAUUAUUCGCACGACUUUAAAAACCAGCACGAGCCAGUACCUUGUUUGUCUUGUCACACAGACUGCACCUUCCCUCGGUCAGUCCUCUGUACCAUGGUCGCUAGCUUUUGGUGUUCAGCUGGCCAUGUAUGACGCGCACUUCUUCAACUACGCUUUAAGCAUCACAAACAAUAGGAGUGUCAUUAAUCCACCUUACUAAUGUGCCUGAAAAAAAUGUACUUUCGCAGUACGUUUUCCUGCUCGUUUGGUUCCUUUCCUGGCGCCACAACAUGUUCAACUGACGUUUCUGUGAUUUGACCGUUAAUCCCUUAACUAUCACCUCUCCGUACCUUCCCGUUCCUCCGCCUACGUUGCAUCCAAUCACCAUGACCCUGGUUGUUCAUUGCCCUUCCCUCGCGUUUUGUACCUCGUUUCAGAUGUGUUCUGCGCAGUGGCACAUCACCUGCUUUUCUUUGAAUGAACAUUUUCACCGGUCACCGACACCGUCAAAUCCCCUUUCGCUUUUAUUGUAAGACAAUUGCAUCAGGCAAAUGCGGUUGGGAGUUGCUUGCUGUGGUAUCGAAAAUUUUUGGAAUACCA